AGAUCCUCGAUACUAAGAGUCAAAACCCAUCCCAGAUGCGUCACUUCGGUCCAAAUUUCUAUGCAAGACAGCCCUUCAUGAGCGCGAUGCUACCUAGUGUUUCUCCACUUGUGUUGGAAUUAUUGGCUCGGGCCACAAGGUGAAGAACUCUGUACCUGUAGCCACUUCGUCCUGCAGUUACAUCUAAUAACGCGACCAUGGCGCUUCCCAAGCUGUCCAUCGGCGUUCCGGCGGCGUCUUUGCCGCCCAUGAUUUAUCGCCGGCAACUCACGCCGGCGGUGCCCGGGCAAAACAGUACCGCGGAAAGCACCUACUACGCCGGCUUCCUGUACGAUUUCUUUACCGAGCUGGGAAGGCGGGCCCAGUUCGAGAUCGAGUUUGUCCCGAUGGGCGGAAAUCCCUACGCCUCGGACUGGAACACGGUGGGAAAAGCAAUGCUGCGCACCGGCCGCGUAAACUUGACCUGGACCAACAUUCCGGACGAGGGGCACGAACCCAGUUUUGCCCAGAUUCCCCCCAUCUUCACCAACACCGCGAGAAUACUGACCCGCAAAACGGUGCGGGAGACGGGCUUCAUGCAGAUUUUUGCGCCCUUCUCGAACGAACUGUGGAUAGCGAUUUCGCUUUCAAUCGUUUUUGGUGCGGUGAUCAUGGUGGUAAUCAACGUUUUGCAGUACCAAGGGACCAAUGUUCCUUCUGAUAGUGCAAGAGAUGGGCCUUCAUCCGAGCAGGUGGACAGUCGGGGCACCAAAGCAGAAAUAAAAGACCUUGGCGAUGGUGGAACAUCGAAAAAGCAAAGUGCAACAGGAUCACCGCUGAACAAUACUACGGUCGAAAAUUCUGAUAUUGAUAAACCUUUCGACAGCCCAGUGGUGUCCCAGACGGGGGACAGAAGCCCUUCCGCGGAAUCGUGCCCGGUUCGCGUGCGCGUCGUAGACCAGACGGAGGAAGUAUCGCUUCGACCGCCCAACCGAAGUGCUUCACAGCUCUUCGAGCAAUCCGAGGUGCUGAAACCCAGCGCAGUGGUCUCGAUUGAAAGUUUGAAGGAUACAGCGACCGCAACGGGCACGAACGACGGAAGAGAAAAUAAAACAGCGGCAUUUUUGCUUGAUGAAACGAACCUCGCCGCGAAAGAUGAUCCAACCCCGCCGCAAGACGACGAAGAGUCCCCGUACCGGUUCUUCGUUUUUCUUUACCACACGCUUGCCGCGAUGCUGGGUGGCGACGAGUACGAUUUGUACCACCUCCCGCUCUAUGGGCGCAUUCACCGCAUCGGAUUACUGUUUUUCGUGCUGAUUCUGACCAACACGUACGUUGCAAACCUGGCCGCCUUCCUGACCCGCCCGAAAUACGUGAUUCACGGGCCGCAGACGAUCGCCGACAUUCAGUCCGCGAAUGUGUGUUGCCGGUGGCUGGGCUCCGCCGCGAACUUUCAAUACAACUACGGGUUCACGGGGAAGUUCUUGACCCCGCCCUUGAGCUACUUUUUUCAACCGGCAAGGGCCGGCGUUUCGGAGGAAGAAAACGCCGAGCGGCUGCGGACCAAUGUCGACACCUGGGCGCGGGAGCAGCUGUUCGCAGGCAACUGCGAUGCUAUCGUGGAGAUGAACGACAUGGCGCAAAGCGAGAGUUUGCGGUUUUGCGACACCUUGCAUCUGAACCCGGAUGUGCAGUUAGGCGCGUGGUACACGACGGCCUACUACCUGGACGAGUCCAAUCAAAAUGAGUGGGACCGCCUGAUGGCCACGGCUGCCACGGCGCAAGGGACAAACUACACCUGCAACUCGAACGAGACCGCCGCUCUGGGCUUCGAAAAGAAACGCGAGUGCUUUCCGACCCACCCAUGGUUGGAAUUUCCCGGCAUGCUUUCGGUUUUUGUGAAUAGGGAAACGAAAAAAAUUCUGAAUAACCAAAUGUACUUUGACAUGUUGCAGCGGAACAUGCGGUUAGGCGAGAGCUGCGGCAACAAUGCCGACGCGGAGACCGAUGACACGAUCAAGCUCGCCCACCUCGCGGUUGCCUUCAUUGUGUACGGCAGCUGCAGCUUCCUCGCCGUGCUGUUCACGUGGUUUGAACGAUACCAACGUUCGAAACGAGGGGAAGGGACGCCCGAGCUGCAGACCGAGGUACAAAACGAGAAAUUGGACAAGAAAUUGAAUCAGGUGCUGGAAAGAAUGGAACGAAUGGAAAAAAAGAUCAAAUAAAGAUGCAUUAGAGAACAUCAACAUAUGAGUUGCCACCAUUCCGUUGUCCAUGAUACACGAAAUCAGAAGAAAAAACUAACUGAGAUUUUUCCUUCGGACAAUCGUUUCAAGAAAAAAGGAGAUUUAUUUUUUUCAGGAACCAGAAU